AUGGAUAGUAUCUUUGAUACCUUCCGCUUCCUCGAUCUUCCCAAAGACAUCCGGUUAUUAGUAUACGAUUACUUGCAGCCCGAGAGUCACUUGGUGUCGAUCUUUGGAAACCAUCGUUGCCUCUGGUGUACCAAACUAAGGCCUUCCACAGCACUACUAUUAGUCAACCGCCUUCUAUGCGACGAGAUUAGAGCCUACUUCGGCAAAGGCUACCCUGGGCAACCUAUCACACUCGUUGCCCCGGAAGGUCAUUGCACGUUUGCACUGCACUUUCUAGCCGCCCUCUCUUCGGGUCAUCGCUUGGAUAUGAUGUCCAAAGAGAAAAAUGGCGACGCCGACAUGCCUAUCGAACUCUCCAAGUUUACGCAGAUGGUACCGACCCGUCAACUGAAGAUGAGGAUCCAGCAUAUCGAUCAAAUGCGCAGCGGUAGUUCGACGUCCCCACUUACUGAAUUCGACGACACAACGCUCCAGGAGGUCUAUCGUCUCUGUGUGCUCAGGAUGCGCAAAGAGACAUACUUCCAGCUAAGAGUUUUGUUCCGAAACGGGAAAGUAGAAGCCGACAGGGAUUUGCGCUCUACACUUUUGCAUCCAGACGGUCUUCGCUCAGAAGGCAUUGGUCCGUGUGAUCUGACUGUGUUCUUUACGACUACACCGCCACCCGAUGCUAUUCCGUCACCGGCUCAGAUAGAGGAAGGCUAUCGAGAGACUACUAUUAAUAUGAACCAUUGGAAGUUGCAAUGGGAGGCCAUGACAGAGCAGGAACUCGACAUUUGGCGAACCGGCCGUUUCUACAACUACCAUGACUACGACGGCUACCACGACUACGACGAUUACCACGGUUACCACGACUACCACUGA